AUGGCCGUCUUUGCCGACAUCGACCUCCCCUCCAUGCCCUCACCCAUCAAAGCCUUUGACUUUGACUCGCCCAUGGCCACCCUGGACGACUCGAACGUCUCGCUCACUCGCCAUCUGAAUCUGCAGGAUACGUUGAAGAACCUGCAGCAGCAGGUGCAGGCGUACAAGGCCGGGACCAAGAACAUGGUCAAAGCGGCCAAGGCGCUCGAGGCUGACAACUCGAAGCUCCGGUCAAAGUAUGCGGCCAAGAAGCGCGAGCUUCGGCGGCUGCUGGGCAAGCUCAACGAGCGCGAGGCCGAACUGGGCACACUCCGCAAGAAGGUGGUCGACCUGGAGGCCGUCCUUGCUGCCGAUGCCGACGCCGAUGAGACCGAAACCGAGUCGGCCGAUGAGUCUGGCGACGGCUCGGCCAUUUUGGUUACGCCGCCGAUCGAGGUAGCAGCCGAGCUGGCGAGCGCCCUGGAGGCCCGGGAUGCUGCCGAGGCUGAGCUAGCAGCGAUCAAGGCACAGCUUGCCGAGGCCGAGACGACCGCCGGCGAACUGGCUGCCGAGGUUGCGGCGCGUGAGGCGCUGGAGCACCAGCUCGCACAGGAGCAGCGCAAGGUGUACUCGAUGUCGCGCAACUCGUGCCUUCUCUCCGACCAGCUGAGCGCGGCCAAGGCCGAGAUUGCAUCGCAGUCGCAGCUGCUGGAGAACAUCCGCAGUCGUGAGGGUGAGGACGACGGGGCUGGGCGGGCGGUGGCGCUGGCCGAGGCCGAGGCCAAGGUUGCCGAGCUCAGUGCGCAGCUUGAGGCAACCACUGCUGACGCCGGCGCGCUUGCCGAGCGGCUGGCCGAGACUCAGAAGCAGCUGGCUGCCGCCGAGGAUGCCGCUGCCGAGUUCUCCAUUCAGCUCGCGCUUCCCAACAAGGAGCAGAGCGAGCAGAUUGCGUCGCUGGAGGACACGUUGUCGCGGACGUCUGCCGAGCUCGAGGCGACCCACGACGCGCUUGCAGCUUCGGAACUGCGAGCCUCCAAGCUCGAGGGCGAGCUGGAGCUUGUCAUCACCCGCAUCCGCGACCUGCACGACGAGCAGGCCUCCAUGGAGCGCGAGUUUGCCUUUACCGAGGCCGAGCACCUGGCGGCGGUGGUCAGCGCCGACUCGGCCGGGUUUAUCCGCGGCGCGCUUGUGGCGUCGUCGCUCACUACCAUCGUCGCAUCCGCUGUCGCCGCGCUGUUCUUCUUCCGCCGCCGGCGCGCCUAG